AUGACUUCCAAAACUUUCAAUAGUGUGGGGCAAGAGCUUGCUGCCGUUCUGCCCCCAAACGACAAACCAUGGUACAAGAAACGAAAUCAAGUCUUUCUCAACUUCUGUCUCAUUAGUCUUUUUCUCCUUUCUUCUGGCAAUGGCUACGACGGCACCAUGCUUAACGGCUGUCUCGCCCUUCCGCAUUGGCAGUCCUUCAUGGAACAUCCAACCGGGGCGUGGCUCGGGUUCAUCAGCGGUGCCCAGAACCUUGGCUCUAUCGUCUUCUAUCCCGUCGUCGCACACCUAUCCAAUCGCCUCGGUCGAAAACCAACCAUCUUUAUCGGCUACUUCUUCCUAUGUCUCGGCGUUGGCUUGCAGACCGGGGCUAUAAACCCAUCCAUGUUUGUUGCUUCACGAGUUGUUGUUGGCAUUGCGAGCGCCUUUUUUGGCGGAUGCGUGCCUCUGCUCAUGACAGAAACGGCAUACCCCACCCAUCGUGGAGUUCUCACGAGUCUCUACAUGUGUGGGUGGUAUGUUGGUUCCUUCCUUGCCGCUUGGUCUACGUUCGGUACCCGCAAUUACGAUAAUGAUUGGAGUUGGCGCAUCCCAUCUGUCCUACAGCUACUCCUCCCAGUAAUUGUUCUUCCGGGACUGUUCCUGGUGCCCGAGUCUCCACGCUUUCUGGCCUCCAAAGAACGUUACAACGAGGCUCGCGCCUUUCUCGUCAAGUACCAUGCAGAAGGUGACGAGAAUUCACUUCUAGCAACAUUUGAGCUUGAGGAGAUCACGCGAACCAUCCAGAUGGAACGUGACUUUCAGAAGAGCAGCUCGUAUGGGCAGAUGCUUGCCACUCCUGGUAACCGCAAGAGAACCUUCAUCACCGUCUUUUUGGGAGUCUUUGAUCAGUGGGCUGGCCAGAAUGUCGCAGGCUACUACCUCGCCCCGGUGCUCACCACCAUUGGCGUUACCACAGUUACAGACCAGACUCUCGUGAACGGAUUCCUCCAGAUCUGGAACCUCAUCUGCGCCUUGACUGGUGCAUUCAACGUUGAUCGUGUUGGACGUCGACCUCUUUUCUUAGCCGCCACCGCAGGCAUGCUCGUCUCUUACAUCCUCAUCACAGCGCUUUCUGCCACCUUUGCGAAGGGAGGGUCAGCAGCGGUCGGCACCGCAGUUGUCCCAUUCCUUUUCCUCAUGUACGGCUGCUUCUCUCUAGCUUUCACACCCUUGAUGGUGGCAUACCCAGUUGAGAUCUGGCAAUACGACUUGCGUGCUCGUGGUCUUUCUACAAUGUGGGUGUCGACUGCGAUAGCCGUCUUCUUCAACAUCUUCAUCAACCCAAUCGCACUCGAGGCAAUUGCGUGA